AAGCCCGCAAAUUGAACAUAACAAAAAGCUUUAGCUGCAAAAAACAACUCCCAUCAUCAGACAGAUAAUUAAUUUCCCAGAAACGGAUUUCUCUAUCGCCGGUAGUUAGAUCCCGGCUGAAAAGUUCAUAUUUCAGCUUCUUUUAUACUCUCUUGCUAAACUGUAAUCUAAAUCCUGUGUAACCUAAUCGUUACCCCGCAUUUUUAGUAGUUUUUUUCUGGGGGGAAUUUUAGGAGGUGUGAGAAUUUGUGCUCGUGAUGGGAUUUUGUGCUUGUCCAUUAGAGAUUCCUGCUCGACUGUUGUGGAGUACUAGUUUUUUCCGUCACAAGAUCAUGAUUUUCUAAAAAAAAACAUUCAACCUGAAUACACAAACACACACCAGUAGAGAAGAUAUUAAAGAAAAGAAAAACAGUGAUCAUCAGUGAGAGAGAGGGGGGGAAUUGGGUUUUAUGAUUUUGUUUCUUCGUAUUGAAAAAUUUAAUCAAAUAAAAAAAGUUCACCGGGAAUCUGACACACACAAUAAACGCGGCGUAUAUUUCGGAAAUGCAUUCCGGCAGUAGACUCUUCUUUGAUGGCUCCUACCACGGAAACAUGCUAGUCCUUGGGAAUGGAGAUAACGGCUUUCAAGGGGCAAGAUCAGUUUUGAACCAUGAAGAAUCUUCGAAAAGGAGACUUUUCUUUAGCUCCUCUGCAGAAGAUUUAUAUGACGAAGAAUUUUACGAUGAACAAUUGCCGGAAAAGAAACGUCGUCUCACAGCUGAUCAGGUAUUGAUGUUAGAGAAGAGCUUCGAGGCAGAGAACAAGCUGGAGCCUGACAGGAAGACCCAGUUAGCCAAGAAACUAGGCUUACAACCAAGGCAAGUCGCGGUUUGGUUCCAAAACCGAAGAGCUCGUUGGAAGACAAAGCAGCUCGAACGAGAUUACGAUCUCCUUAAGUCAUCUUACGACUGUCUUCUCUCUAAUUACGACUCCAUUGUUAAGGAAACCGAGAAGCUUAAAUCCGAGGUGGUCUUGCUCAAUGGGAAGCUGCAAACCAACAAGGAGGUUACAGGGAUGGUUGAAGCGGGUCAGAAACAUGACCCACCAAUCCUAUUCAACAACAAGAACGACGACGGUGACGACACCGCCACAAACGAUGUGCUAGGAGAUUGUGCAUUCGAAAUCAAAACUGAGGACCACUUAAGCUCUGGCUCUGGUGGGAGUGCUGUAGUAGACGAGCACGAUGGUCGACAGCUAGUGGAUAGCGGUCAUUCAUACUUCCCCGAGAGUGUAUAUCAUGGGUACAUGGGACCUGUAGAUGUUACCAACGUCCAAUCAGAAGAAGAUGAUGGAAGUGACGACAACCAAAGCUAUUGGGCAGCGGAAAACCUACAAGAACAUGAUGCUGAGCCACUGAACUGGUGGGUUUGGCCUUGAAAUGAAAAAGAAGCUUGAUUAACAGUACCAACUACUUUUGCACAAGUUAAUACAUGCAAAACGUACUAUUGUUUGCCUUAUAGCAUUUCUAUUGUAAUUUUAUGUGUGCAAUGCAUAAGCAAUUGUAUAAGGAGGUAAUAAAAAACAACACUAUAAAACCAUCCUUACAAAUUGUGUUAAGGAUAUAUGUUGAAAGUGAUCUCUUUGGUGAAUCCGUUAUC